AUGUCGGAACCAUCUCCACUCUCUGAUCCUUACGCUUACAUGAGGAACAAAGAUGACUCCAUCACUCGCUACCCCACCAGAAUCAAAGACAUCCUUAUCGUGAAGAAAACCUCCACGUGGAUGCGUCUCUACGUCCCCACACCCGUACUAAACGGCGACGUUUCAUCUGAAAAACUCCCACUCGUCGUCUACUUCCAUGCCGCGUGUUCAACGUGUUCCUUAUGGGGACACACUCCGGUGGUAACGUGGCUUACAACGUCUCCCUGGAUGAUUUGUCUCCCUGUAUUCGCUAACCGGGAUCACGUGUAUUCAAAUCCGACGGUGGGAUAUGGACCGGAUAACAUGGAGGAAAUGGGAAGGUUGGGAUGGAAGGUGAUGGUGAGUGGAGGAGAAGAAGAUCCGCUGAUAGAUAGGCAGAGAGAUGUGGCCAAGUUGAUGAAGGAGAAGGGUGUCCAUGUGGUGGAGCGUUUUACUGACGGCGAUGUUUACAGAUUUGAGCUCGGUUAUACGUCCGAGACUCAAACUCUGUUUGCUUCUAUCCGAAAUUUCAUCUCAUCUUCUGCACCCUAA